CUUGCGCUUUCCUCUCUGCACUCCCACCCGCCAGGGGGGAAGCGCUCGAGAGCCGGCAAAAACGAAGCGAAAACGACUUCCCUAGAUUUCGGGACCACCGAGCAACACUCUCUGACAGCCCGGAGUCAUACUUCCGCUUCCGGGGCAGAGCGCCGGGAGGGCUACUUCCGGAGGGUUGCGUGGCCGCGCGACCACAGCGGGAACCCAGCCGCUGGGGCUCAGGCCCAGUCUCGCGAGAGCUGGGCCCUGAGCCACCGCGCCGGAACUGCGGCGUCUUCCGUUUGUGCUAAGAUCGUGCAGCUCCUGGGACAGAAUGAGGUGGACUGUCGCCAGAAGCAGGUGGUCAUCCUGAGCCAGGAUAGCUUCUACCGCGUCCUCACUUCAGAGCAGAAGGCCAAAGCCCUGAAGGGCCAGUUCAACUUUGAUCACCCGGAUGCCUUUGACAAUGAACUCAUCUUCAAAACACUCAAAGAAAUCACCGAAGGGAAAACAGUGCAGAUUCCCGUGUAUGACUUUGUCUCCCAUUCCCGGAAGGAGGAGACGGUUACUGUCUACCCCGCAGACGUGGUGCUCUUUGAAGGGAUCCUGGCCUUCUACUCCCAGGAAGUACGAGACCUGUUCCAGAUGAAGCUUUUCGUGGACACGGACGCCGACACCCGGCUCUCCCGCAGAGUAUUAAGGGACAUCAGCGAAAGAGGGAGGGACCUUGAGCAGAUUUUAUCUCAGUACAUUACGUUCGUCAAGCCUGCCUUUGAGGAAUUCUGCUUGCCAACAAAGAAAUAUGCCGAUGUGAUCAUUCCUAGGGGUGCAGAUAAUCUAGUGGCCAUCAACCUCAUCGUGCAGCACAUUCAGGACAUCCUGAACGGAGGGCUCUCCAAACGACAGACCAAUGGCUAUCUCAACGGCUACAUCCCGUCACGCAAGAGGCAGCCCUCGGAGUCCAGCAGCCGGCCGCACUGACCCCUGCCUCCCCCUGGCCCGGCCCCUAUCUUGAAGAGACAGGAGGAGGGAUCAGGAGGCACUGUUCAUCUGUACACGUGGCUUCCUAUGACAUUGCUGUAUUUAAGAAAACACCAUGGAGAUGACAUGCCUUUGGUUUUUCUUUUCCCGUUUUCGUUUCUUUUCGUGCUUCGGAGCGGCGCAAUGAAACCGAAUUUGACCCUGAGCUUAAAUGAUAAACUGUGCCAACUACUACUGGUGAUGCCUAAUUAUGAAUCCAACGUGUAACCAGUUAUAAAUACAUAUAUAUAUAUAUAUAUAUAAAAGGAUCUAUUUUUGUGUAAAUGUACAAACACUGUAAAGCUGUUAGCUGUAAGUAUUCUGCACGAGGACCUGUACUUGAGUGGCCGGGGCUCGAGUUGGGGGCUCGCCCAGGGGAGAUGGCCGUCCCACCCCGCUGUGAUGGGUCCAGGCAGGGGGUGUGGGAGGCGGGCCAUGGAGAAGCCAGGCUCUGUCUCGUGUCUCGCCGCUCUGAGUGCCUGUGCAACUCGCUGGCAGUGGAGCUUGGAGCCUUGGGACGGCCUCCCCUGCCCAGGGCUACCUUCUUGGAGCUGGAGCUCCGUGAUGUGUCAACACAAGAUACCCUUUUCUUCUUUCUUUUUUCUUUCUUUCUUUUUGUUUUGAGUCGAAAUUAGGCAAGACCUCAGCUCAAAAAUCAAACUCAGGGAAGAGGCCCACCGAAGAGAAACAAGUCUUCUGUGUUUUCUUCUUGCCCGAUGCCCCACCUCUGGCCGCCUGAGGAGCUCAGUGACUCCCUCCUUACCCACUCAGGCCCUCUGAAAGCCAGUGCUGCCUGUCUCUCCUUCCCUGGCAGGGAUCUGAGGGGAUCAGGUCCUGGUAAACCGGCGGGUGGGGGGUGGGGGAGGAGAGAGUAGCCAGGUUCCUGUUGUAGCAUCUGAGGAAAUACUGGUUCCUCCUGCCUCCCGGGGAAGUUUCCAGUCAGAUUCCCUGGGCCUUUCCCCAGAUUGUAGAGCACAGGUGGUCUCUUGAGUCUGGGCUUCGGGCAAGGGCUUCUGGCGCCCUCACGGGGUGGUGAGAGCCCUGCAGGGAUUGUUCACAGAGAUGCAGGGCUUGGCCGCGGGGUGAGGACAGCAGGUACCUUCCAGCAGGAAUUGUCGCUAGCGGCACCACAGCCGAGCUGAUCGCCAUCUUUACGGGGUAGACAGUUCCGCCUUUCCUGAGGGCUCCUCUCUGGGAGGAGUACAGAUCCCUGAUGAUUCUUGCUGGAGGGGGCGCGGGCAGGAAGUGGGGGGACCGAGUGAGACCGAGACCGAGGAGCGCAGAGUCCUAAAGCCUCAGCUGGACGAGCCAGAGGCCUUCAUUUCUUCCUCAAGCAUCUCAGUGCUUGGCAGGCCAUGGCCGCAGCUACUCUACUGUGGCCGUGAUGGCCCAGAACGUUCUGGGGAACCUUCACCCUCCAUUUGCUCUCCUAGCCCAUUGGAGCCGUUCAGUUAAACAUGACACAACUACUCUCCAGUCACACCAAAUUGCCCCUUAGAUACAAACCGCCAUCCUGUUUGAUUCCCCCUUUCUGGACUCCAUUUGACUCUGUGUUUUGCUGUUUCAAAAAAAAGUCAGAGCUCACCCCCAGCAGAGCUUCGCCACCCCUGCGUCACCCAGGAGACUGCGGCAGGCUCCGCAGGGAGCAAGGGAAGUCUCCCCGAGGCGCCUGCGUGUAAGGCCCGCUCUGGAGUGUCUCGGAAUCCGUAUUCUCUUUCUCAUCAUGCCUUGGACAGUUUUGAGAUGAAGCGUGGGUGGCAGGCCUGGGUUAGGAUCCUGAGGACCCAAGGCCCCGUGCCUUGAUGGGGCCUCUCUGUGCUCAGGGGCAGCCCACCCCUGUAUGGGGAGCCUUGGUCUUCCGGUGGGUAGCACAUUCAACUUUACUUGAAGCUCCCAGGUGCCAAACCAUUUAGUGCCUUGGCUGUCUGUCCCACUGCCUUGGAAGAUGGAUUCUUCUCAUCUCUGAGCCUUGACUUUCUUAGCUGCUUCCUCAUCCACCUGUGGUGUUGGGACCAAGCUCCAGUGUCUCUGCUGGUUAACAGCGCUAGGGCUGCCUUGCCUCCUGGUAAAACCGUCACCAGUUCUUGGUGGCUUGGCUGGGGGCACCGGGCCGUGCUCACUGGGCAUCUCUGAUGCCUCCCUUGGUUCUGAGAUGCACUGUGUCUGGGGCGAGGAAGGCAGGACUCUGUGUGGUCACCCCCAGCAUUCAGUCAACUGAGUAUCUGAGCUUGACCUUCUAUCUGACUGAUCCUGGACUUGGUGUUUUCAGAGCCCUUAGAUUUCCCGAUUCCACUGGCGAGUCAGGGGAAGGAUCGUUAGGCCAGAGACCGGGACCCCGAGUCCUGGGGGUCUUGUGUGCAGCCCAGGAGGAGGGACCGACAAGUGGAGUGAGAAUGAUGCUGGUCGUGUGUGCACGGGAGUCCUGUGGCUUCAGAGCUGCCCAAUGGUGCUUGCUUCUUGCCCCCACUCCCGCCCAGGUAUUAUCCAUAGACCAAGUGUUUAGGGAGCCACCAUCCAAGUUUCAUGUCAUGGGAAGGCCUGACCCCAUUCUCUUUCACGCUAAUAGAACUUGUGCCCACCUGGGUUUCUUUUUCUUGGGCAGCCGGAGGCCAGUGGGGACAGAGGUUGGAGUCUAAGGACCAUGCAAAUGUUUGGACCUCAGGUGUCCUUUGGAGUGUCUAGGGUAGGUCGUCGACGAGGCAGACCCCAGAACGGGCCAGGGGGAGGGCGGCAGGGAAAGGUCUCCCGUUCACCCUUCAGAACCAAUCAUUCCCGCAACAGCUCGCUCCUGUCUGGGCCGCGGAUGCUGCCGUCCCACCCCUCCUGGGCUCAGCACUGGCUCAGUGUCCCACGGCGGGUUCCCAGUCUCUCGUUAGGCCACUAUGUCAGCUGAAGUCUUGCGUGCUUCCCUGAGCAGGUGGGAAGCCGCAGGGACCGGAGCCCAGUUGGUGUGUGUAUAUCCCCUCCUUUGGGGACGAGGUGCGGCUUCCUUGAUCUAGCGCCCCUGACCUGUGUGCUGGCACCGAAGGCCCCCGGAGGGAAGUAGUUGCCUCUUGCAGGGAAAUAUUUCUGCUCCGGAGUCUCCCGCCUGCCUGCCAGCAACCCAGCACCAAGGCACUAGCCUAGGGCAGGUUCCGGAUUGCAGGGCUGCCCGUCCCCAUCUCAGGCUGGGCGGUUGGGGAAACAAGGCAGUAAAACAAGGGAGAGAACAUGGGGUGGGGGGAGGCCUGGAGUCGGUCUGGAGCUCAGAGUCCUCUCUAAUCCUUUGUCUCUGGGCCCCGUGCUGCCCUCCUGGGCCAGGUGAGUGGCCGUCAGAUCAGCUUCAUUGCUGUAGUUAGAGGUUGUGAGUGCCUAGCUGGUCCUGCCUCAGGAGCAGGGUGAGUAGUUACAUAAGGACGUAGGCGUUUUGUGUUUGUUUUGUUUUGUUUUUCUUUGUUUUCUUUCAGAUGCUUGCUCUUCCUCCUUUUCCUUCUGCCACCCUGCCUUUAUUGUUAGUAGUUAACAAAAAUGACCGCAUACUAUGUACUUUGCUAUAAAUAAAGACUGAACAGAAAAAGA